GAAUCUUUUAAUUUCAAGUUUGACAUUGACUGUGGUUGUCAACAUCAAUGUCAAACUUGAGAUACAAAAAUUAAAAACAACAAAUGGUCUCUACCAUACCAUAGCAAUUAUAAUUAUGAAAUUUAAAAUAUACUACGAUUGCAUUAUUAUAGAAGAAACUUUACUGUGUGUAAAUGUGAUAUAAAUAACAAGAAUCAUAAUUUUUCUUGGAGAUGGAAAUCAGUGAACCCACACCUGAAGCUUUACAACGAAAAUUAUAUUUUUUACUUGAACAAUUACAGGACAUGGCACGAGAAUUACCACCGAAAUACCAAAUGAGAGUACCUAUAGAGUUACUGUCUGGAUUAGCGAAUUGCCUACUGAAUGAUACUAUAUUUGAAAUUGUGAAAGGAUUAAUGGAAAUUCAACAUGUCACUGAAAAACAUCUUUUCCAGCAAAGGUUACAAAUAAUUAACAACCAUACAUUGGAAAUACAAGAAAUGAUGACAAAUACAGCCCCUGAACAGCAAGAAGUUCAGAAAACUAAUUUAUUGAGAAGGCACAAGGAAGAACUUAAACAAACUGAUAUGAAAUUAGUCCUUCAAUUGGAUCAAAAGGUAAGUGAUCAACAAGAUACAUUAGAAAAAGCAGGAGUGCCAGGUUUCUUUGUGACUAGUAAACCAAUUGAAGUAAAAGUGCAAAUGUAUCUACUUGACUUUAUAUUAAGAUUAAGUAAAAUGGAUAUUCCGCAAUAAAAAAAUUAUCAUA